AUGAGUGACUCUGGGAAAGACAAAGCUGAUGGAAGUGCAGUGAUGAGACUACGAUCCGCUGCGGUGGAUGAGGCGAAGACCGCGGACGCAGCAGGCGGCAACUCUCCUGCUGCUUAUUCUAAUGCAGGAUCACGCGGUGAUGCACCGUUUAGCCUAGGAUAUUACAACCUUGAGCUGAUAAACUCUGGCAGGUCGGACGGCGACACCGAGUCGACGAAGGCUGCCAAAAAGACAGAGACUAAAGCGGCGACGACAUAG